CUCCCUCCACCCCUAAGCCCUGUGUGCUGGGGAACAGGGCUGACAUUAUCCUUGUGAUGGACGCCUCCACCAGCAUAGGCGCCAACAACUGGAUCUACCAGACGCAGAUGGCCGCCAACAUCACCAAGUACUUUGACGUCCAACAAAAUCGUGUCAGGUUUGCCGCCAUCACUUUUAACCGGAUUCCUGUAAAAGAGUUUGAUUUGAAAGACUACACGAGUCAAAAAUCUUUAGAAAAGGCUCUACUGGCAAUUCCUUACCCUGGAAUCGAAGGUACUCGAACUGAUUUGGCACUGGCCCUUAUAACAGAUAAGAACAUGUUUGGCACUGAGGCAGGUGGGAGGGAUGGCAUUCCUCACCUUGUAAUCGUUAUGACGGACGGGUAUGCUACUGAGGAUAAAAAAGCUCUCGAAGAGGCAACCAAGUUAAAAGUAAAGGGCACUUUGAUACUUACGGUUGGAAUUAGCCAAGAUAUCUCACAGUCCGAAUUGGAAGGCAUGGCGAGUUCUAAAGACAACGUGAUCAAAGCCACAAGCUACAGUCUUCUAGAUUACAGUAUGCAUGCUCUUGUAAAGCGGACUUGUGAUAAUGUUAAGACAGCUGGCUAAAUACAGAAUCAAGCUAAUAUGGAUGACGAAACCAAAGCUGGAAUAACAAUUCUCAAAACUUCAUCAUUGAUUUUAAUAUUAAAAAUAAAAUUAAAGCAAU